UCCUCCGUCCGCCACGGGAAAAAACCCAGCGGUGUUUGGUGCUAAUUAGGGGUCUCCUCUCCUCCUCCCUAAAUGGGUCACGUGUCAUCUCCACCAAAUUUCUGGACACAUCUGCCUUGGGGGUUUGCGAGCCAACCAGGUGCGUCCAAGCACUGGACCUCGACCAUUGAAGCCAGAUCGCCUUCGCCUUCGCCUCUGCCCUCCUUUAACCACCCGACGACCCCAAUCCCUCCCACUCCCCUUCGCCGCCAACAACGAGCUUCGCACCAUUGAAGCUCGGCCUCUUCAUCUUCUUUCUUUUCUGACCGGCCCAGUCUUCUUUGUUAUUGCUUGCGACACAAAUUGCCCAUCAUGUCUUCCCUACGAUUCCUUGACUUGGUCAAGCCAUUCGUGCCGUUCCUCCCCGAGGUUCAGCAACCCGAGAACAAGCCCAAGUUCGAGCAGAAGCUCAUGUGGACUGGCCUCACCCUCCUGAUCUUCUUGGUCAUGAGCCAGAUGCCCCUCUACGGCAUCGUAUCGUCCGACAACUCCGAUCCGCUGUACUGGCUUCGCAUGGUCAUCGCCAGUAACAGGGGUACUCUGAUGGAGCUGGGCAUCACGCCCAUUAUCUCUUCUGGCAUGGUCUUCCAGCUGCUUGCCGGCACCCACAUGAUCGACGUCAACCUCGACCUCAAGUCCGACCGCGAGCUGUACCAGACUGCUCAGAAGCUCUUUGCCUUUAUUCUCUCUGCCGGUACCGCCACCGUCUACGUCUUCACCGGUCUCUACGGUCCUCCUUCCGAUCUCGGUGCUGGUAUCGUCUUCCUGCUCAUUCUCCAGCUCGUUGUUGCCGGCAUGAUUGUUAUCCUGCUCGACGAGCUCCUCCAGAAGGGCUACGGUCUCGGCAGCGGCAUCUCGCUGUUCAUUGCCACCAACAUCUGCGAGUCGAUUGUCUGGAAGGCGUUCUCGCCCACCACCAUUAACACUGGUCGUGGCCCCGAGUUCGAGGGUGCCGUCAUUGCCCUCUUCCACCUGCUCAUGACCUGGGACAACAAGCAGCGCGCGCUCCAGGAGGCAUUCUACCGCCAGAACCUCCCCAACAUCAUGAACCUGCUCGCCACCGUGCUCGUCUUCGCCGCCGUCAUCUACCUGCAGGGCUUCCGCGUCGAGAUCCCUGUCAAGUCGUCGCGCCAGCGUGGUGCCCGCGGCUCUUACCCCGUGCGCCUGUUCUACACCUCGAACAUGCCCAUCAUGCUGCAGUCGGCUCUGUCCUCCAACAUCUUCCUCAUCUCGCAGAUGAUGUACUCGCGCUUCUCCGACAACCUCUUGGUCCGUCUCUGCGGUGUCUGGGAGGCCAAGGAGGGCUCCUCGCAGCUCCACGCCGUCUCCGGUCUCGUCUACUACAUGUCGCCUCCCGUCAACUUCCGCGAGGCCCUGCUCGACCCCAUCCACACGACCGUCUACAUCGUCUACAUGCUCGGUGCCUGCGCUCUCUUCUCCAAGACCUGGAUCGAGGUGUCUGGCUCCAGCCCUCGCGACGUUGCCAAGCAGCUCAAGGACCAGGGUCUCGUCAUGGCCGGACACCGCGAGCAGAGCAUGUACAAGGAGCUCAAGCGCGUCAUCCCCACUGCCGCUGCCUUUGGCGGCGCUUGCAUUGGUGCGCUCUCGGUCGCUAGCGAUCUUAUGGGUGCUCUGGGCUCCGGCACCGGUACUCUCCUCGCUGUCACCAUCAUCUAUGGCUACUUCGAGAUCGCUGCCAAGGAGGGUGAUCUGUCCGGUAUGAAGGGCAUGAUCAUGGGCUAAGAGGGCUCACCCAAGGGGGGCAAAAGGCCACCCCUGGUACUCAGUUGGAUUCGAGGCAGCUGCAAGGCUGCCGUGUAGAAUAUGCAAGAAGAUAAGGAGUCAGGAUGGUACACAAAAGGGACCGAUUGGCCGUAAUAACUUGCAUCAUUUCAUGGAGUCGGU